UAACACAGAGGUCUGAUAUGGUUUUGAUCAUUAAUCUUUGUUGGGCUGACGCCGUACAAGUACUUGUUAGUCUUGUAGGAAGAGAUGCUGUCGUGUUCUAACAUUCUACGUGUUCUAGUCCUCGUCACCAUCUCAGGUCUCGUGGAGAGUAGAAAUGGAUCCGCAGAGUUUGACAUCAGAAAACACCUGCUGGAUGGGUAUGACAAAGUAGUCCUACCAUCCGAGCCUGAUCGCCUGGCUCUCAAUUUUUCACUAAAAUUUGUACAGAUCAUGGACGUGAAAGACAAAGAGCAGCUCGUUUCCGUGGAGUGCUGGUACAGUAUGAAUUGGAUAAACUCCUUCCUUAAGUGGGACAAAAAGAAAUACCAGAACGAAAGCCGUGUUUUCUUCGACCCCUCUGAAAUCUGGGUACCGGAUAUUGCUCUUUAUAACAAUGGCGAUGAUAAAGUGCAAACUUCUGGGGGGCGUACCAAGUUCCUGACAAAUAUAGUCGUCGAAGAUACUGGCAAGUGCGUCUGGAGCGGACCUGUGACCUUCACCUUCACUUGCUCCAUGGCGCUGAGUCGAUGGCCGUUUGACGAUCAGAAUUGUACUAUGAAAUUUGGCUCAUUGUCAUACGGCAAAAACAACUUCAUCAUAUCCAAGGUGAAGGUCUCCAAAUCUGACGACUUUAUUGAAAAUAGUAACUGGGAACUGAAGAACAUAACCGUUGCGUUGCAAGAGACUGACCAUGGCGACUGCUGUCUGUUCGGUUUCUCACAAGUAACCUACACUUUAAACAUGGCGCGCAAAUUUAAAUACCACAUGUUCUACCUUGUCGCCCCAUGCCUACUCAUGGUCAUCUUGUCGCUAUUCAGCUUCUGGAUCCCAUCAGAAAGCGGCGAGAGAAUCGGCUUCGUCACAACUCUUCUCCUCGCCAUGAUGGUGUUCCUUCUUGUAGUUCCAGACCUCAUUCCCGAGUCAUCAACCAGCAUCCCUAUUUUAGGCGUUUUCCUCAUGGCGACUCUGGUUAUGGUUAGCCUCAUUUUGAUGAUCACCAUAUUCGUCCUGGUGAUUCAUCACAAGGAAGGCGUCCCGCCAACAUGGAUCCAGAAACUCUUCUGCGGCAAGCCCAAGCCAGUCAACAGAGUGGAAGUCCAGUCACGUGAUGAAGAUCCAUUUGAGCCCGCAAUGCGAGCCCAUCAGCCUAACUAUGGUGAUGUCAAACCACCAAACACUCCUGGCCCCACUAAGGUGUUCAUGAGAGAGAAGAAAUUCACUGAGAACAACCCGAUGACGUACAAGGAGAUUUCCGAGAAGCUUGAUGUCAUCUUCUUCUGGGUGUUCGUGUUGGUGUCUUGUGUGUUGUACAGUGCGAUCUUGACACAGAAGGAUAUGAAGUGACCUUGGUUCUUGUUUGUUUUACUCUUAUCAUCAACACUAUCACCAAGAAAAAAAUCAGUGGGUGCUGACUAAACACGUGUAGUUUAACUUUCUAUCGCUCCUUUCACCCUUUCUGGUCGGUGGAACAUACCUUGUCACUUUUUGUUUUUUUUGUAAGAGAUCGUUUCUCUCUAGGGAUUGUGCACUCGUUGCGACACCUAUGCUUUUAAUGAUUGCAACACAGAGAUCUAUUCUAUAGAGAAUAGUUAAAUCAAAGUUUUAUUAUUGCCUGAUAAAUUUACAAGGGAAAGCCUUGGGAAAGUAAGCAAAGAGCAUUUUCAAAUAGUUUCUCGCAAAAUUUGCCGCGUGAUGACAAGUCCAACACAGUCCCAGCGGGGAAAUUUGUUGUUCGAUGCUAAUAAAGGCUUGUUGACAGA